AUGAGAAACGACUAUGCUGACUUAAAGAAAGAAGUAGAGAAACCAGCAGAAGAUAAAAUGGAUAUGUUGACAUUUCUGAACAAAAACUAUCCAACUGCUGACGAUUUCCUAUUAUCUGAUGUCAAGAAGAAAUAUAAAGAAACCUUCGGCAUAGUUAAAAUUUUUGAUAUCCUUCGUGAAGAAAUAGAAGCUACAAAACUGUUUAAAGUCAUGAACCAUCGCAACAUAUACCAUGUAAAACGCUUGUAA